CAGAUGUGUACAUAUAUGUCCGGUAAUGAGUUUCUGAAUUGAUUUACAGCAGGGCGUCGGCAGCUUUCCUCGAGAUGUUUUCCAGACCAUAUGUUCAUUCCGCGUUUAAAAAGCCGUCCGUGUUGAGACUGGUGGCUCGGCCGCAGAAUCAGUAUCUCCAUAGGUCCUCAUCACUAGGUCUUCCUCGACGAAAAGAUUUCUUCUCAUCCAAUGCUUAUUUACAACAGAGACAAUCAAGGAAUGGUGACUCUCCCGCAGAAAUGAAUCCUGAGUCCCAGAAACAACGGCGGAGAAGUGGUAGAUCCCCGGCAGCGACAACUUCACUGCGGAGAGUAGCCGUGGAAGCACAAAGAUCGAGGGACGGGUUUUUGUCCAAAGCUCAAUUGAAAGAGCAAGGAAUACAUCAGACUAAGAUAGUAACAGCCUACGCUGUGGCUGAACAAUUUAACAUCCGGAAAGUCAGAGAUAUAUUACAGGAGAAAGGGUACGAGACGGAUCCCUUUGAUACGGGCUUAUAUCCUCAAGUUGUUCACAUCCAAGUUCCUCUGGAUUCCGCACGCAACGCAAGCAAUCCGGCGGCGGCAGAUUUGCCAGCAGACGACGUCGGUGACGUUUUCGUGUUCCCGUCUGGCACUGUCGUAGCCUGGGCCCUUCCUGAAGGAUUUGUGUCCUUUCUAGCGACAAAGACACUACUCCCCGCGGCUGAGGGGCCUCAUAUUGAUAACUUGGAAACGGAAGAUCUCGAAUACGUUGAGGAUCCGCAACGCGAUAGCAGCUUCAUCAAGGGUGAAAUCAUAAUUCUUGGCACAAAACCCGGCGAGAAUGAAUCUGGAUCACAACCUCCUGCUAGACAGUCGGUAGAAACUGUCUUCACGAAGGUGGCGUUCUCAUCGGGGCUAGCCCGAAGCACGAAACUUGCAGUUCUUGAGAGUCUUCUGUCGAAUUAUUUCGAAUCCACUCGCGCAAUCCCGACUCUCCUGUCGCAAGGCUCGCGUCUACCUUUUACGCGGGAUUUCAUUCUUCGAAAGACGGGUCAAUUACUCAGUGUACGUGCGCAACUAAAUCUCUACUCAGAGCUCACAGAUUCCUUACCGGACAUAUUCUGGGAUAGUCGACAUGAGCUUGGACUUGAAGGAUACUACGAACAGGUGGGAAGAGCAUUGGACGUGGGAAUUCGUAUCAAACUUUUGAACGAGAAAAUGGACUAUGCACAAGAAAUAGCCAGUGUGCUCCGAGAAAGACUCAGCGAGAAACAUGGCCUCCGGCUGGAAUGGAUCAUCAUCCUUCUUAUUGCUGUGGAGGUCUGCUUUGAAGUGAUGAGGCUCUGGAAGGAACGUGUGCAUGAACAGGAAUUGGAAAAAGAAAAGUGUUCUUCUGCAUGAAGACUAUUCUUGGAAAUAGCAUCACAGGGACGCAUUUAGAUUUCGUGUAUAUAUGUCACUAUACAGACUUGAUUUCCUACCACUGUAGCUUCAAAUCGGCAUAAUGAAUACAGGUAUUGAGGGU